UCACGUGCCACCGCGUCGGAAGUUACGUUACUUCCGAGAGUCGCGUUGGCGUUUUCUAAACAGAGACAGACAUUUCGAUGAAGACAGUCCAGGUCAGAAGAUGUGGCGACUGUAACUGAAUCUGGAGCCAGACACACGGAUUGGACAUGCCCAGGUUGUUCUGCCAUGGACACAGACAUGAUACCAACAUUCACUUCAAAAGACCAGGAGAUUGACUACUGGAAGACCUUAUCCCUCAAGUAUAAGAACAGUUACCAUGAGGCCCAGGAGGAGCUGCUGGAGUUUCAGGAAGGGAGCAGAGAGCUGGAGGCAGAGUUAGAGGCCCAGCUAGGACAGGCUGAACAUCGCCUCAGAGACCUGCACACAGAGAACCAAAGACUGAAGAGCGAGUUGGACAACCUCAAGGAGAAGUUGGAGCAGCAGUAUUCUCAGAGCUAUAAGCAGGUCUCCAUGUUAGAGGAUGACCUGGGACAGACCAGAGGAAUCAAGGAACAGCUUCAUAAAUACGUCAGAGAACUGGAGCAGGCCAACGAUGACCUGGAGAGAGCCAAGAGGGCGACCAUCGUAUCUCUGGAGGACUUUGAGGGUCGUCUGAACCAGGCCAUAGAGAGGAAUGCCUUCCUGGAGAGUGAGCUGGAUGAGAAGGAGUCUCUACUGGUCUCAGUACAGCGACUAAAGGAUGAAGCCAGAGACCUGAGACAGGAGAUGGUGGUGAGGGAGAGGACUGCAGACAGAAUGUCAGCCCCCAGCUCUCCUACCCUGGACAUGGACAAGAUGGACUCUGCUGUCCAGGCCUCCCUGUCCCUGCCUGUCACCCCUGUAGGGAAGGGCAUGGAACACCCGUUCAUCAACCCUAAAUCAUCAGUGUUAACAAAUGGCUGUGGGCCUGGCGGCUCACCUCUGACCCCAUCAGCAAGAAUCUCUGCUCUUAAUAUCGUUGGGGACCUUCUUAGAAAAGUGGGGGCGCUGGAGUCCAAGCUAGCUGCAUGUAGGAACUUUGCCAAGGACCAGGCGGUGAGGAAAACCUACUCCACGUCGUCCACCAACAUGAUCACUGGGAACGGAAACCUCGUCAACAGCAACGCCACCAAGUUCUCCCACUCACUACACACCACCUACUACGACAAAACGGCUGUGAAUGGACUGGACCCCAGCACCCUGAGUGCCCUGGCGUCGCCCCGGACUGUCUCCUCUCCUGGCAUGCUGCCUCUCACCGUUUAGCAUGGCCCCCACCUCUGUACAAGCUCCCCGCAGAACAAGGUUAUCCUCAUCCUUCACCCCAAACCCCACCCCCCCACACAAAAUCUGUACAACUCCUGUACGCCCUGCAGAACACUGAGGAGAGAACCCUUGAAGAACCGUUACUGUGUGUGUGUAUGUGUGUGUGUGUGUGUGUGUGUAGGAGAGACACUUGACUGAAUGAUUGAAAAGGGCCUCACUCACCUAUGAGUGGGUGGGGUUGGAUGCUGGGUGUGUUUGUGUGUAUUUAACAUACAGGCACAUGCCUCUGCCUGAGCUGUUCUUUGCUCGUGUGGACGAUGUGUUGGUGACCUCUGUGCUCUGGAGUGUCUCCAUUUUGGCUCCGUCAGUUUGAUCAGUUUCACUCUAUAACAGCUAUAUAACAGCAACUGUACCUGACAAAGGUCCCCAACGGACUGCAGCUUCCUUCCUCGUAACCUUUUAUUUACUUCUCUGAUUGAAUUGCACAAUUACAAAUAAUUUAUAUUUACAAUGUUGUAUUUAAAAAAAUGAAAGGGGACUUUUUGCAAAGUGAGAUGAUUUCAUCAUUACUGUAUGUAUGCUUUAAGAUGCAAUAUUUCCUGUUUGUUUGUGUUUUAUGUUAUGGGGUCAGAUGGAGUGGAUGACCCUUAACCUCCAUGUACCGAAGAAUGACUGAAUUAAUGUUUACUGUGUUCAGGCUGUGAUCAGAACCAUGUUCUCUUAUUGGGCUGCAUCUCAAUAGUCCAGUUAUAAUAGCCUCAUCUCCUCAUCUCCUUCCUCUUAGUAGCCCAGUUAGUCUUGGAGAGAAUAAAACAGGAUAAAACAGGACUGGUAAAAGCCACAUGGAUGAUCUAUCUCUACCAGAAAUGAGCUUUUACCUGUAAUUUCCUUCCCAUCAGUGCAGAGGAGGGAAAGAAGAGAAGACGAGGAAACCACUUUAUACUAUUGAGAUGCACCCCCCAAGUCCCUAUUGUCCUGGGUGUGGGCUGGCCAGACAGAACAGACCGGUCAGCUGGUGGACCAUCUGUAGUCUGAGAGGGAGGGAGGGACCUCCAUGUUAAAUAGCCUGGAAACAUCAGCUGCUGUCCUCUUCAUUAAUGAAGUUAGGUCUGCUUCACCACAGACUGUACCGUCCUAAUGGCACCCUAUUCACUAUCUAGUGCACUCCUACUUUAUAUAAGCCUUGGAUGGAUGAUCGGUGAUGUUCAGGGGAAGACUAAGCCCUUACUACUUCAUAUAAGCCUUGGAUGGAUGGCUGUGUAUUUAUGAGGUUGGUACCAUGUUAUAUUCAUUGAAUCCCCUUUCCCUAUUCUGAUGCGUAAUUAGUAUCAGACAAAACUGUUGCUUUAUAGAAACAAACAAGUCAACCCUGAGCACUGCAGUGCGUCAGACAAAACUUACUUAUUCACAUUGAGAGAUAUAUAUAUAUAUAUAUAU